AUAAUCAACCUGUGAUAAGACAAUCUAAAAUUAUAUUACAUUUAGUUAAUCUAUAAAUUUGACGUUUGUAGGUGAUGAUUCGUUAAAUUAUGAAUGCAAAGGAAAUAAAUUAACAUGUAAGAUUCUUAGUGAAUGUACAGCAGUGCAUCAACUAAUUAAACAAGGAAAAAAUCCAAAGAUAUGCAAGUUUGUUGGUUUAGAACCAAUGGUAUGUUGUCCAACAGAUAAUCUAUCUAAUACUAGAUAUGAAACAAAACAAUCAAUCUUCGAAGAAAAGUGCAAUGAGUAUAUUCAAUAUUCCCGUGAUUACAAAAAUAAUCCAGUUACAAUGAACUCUGACAACAAUUUUUUUCAUGUAACAGUUGUUGGCGGCAAAAACGCAAAUCCGAAGGAAUUUCCUCAUAUGGCAUUGAUUGGAUACGGAAAAACAUUAGAAAGUGUUAGAUGGUCCUGUGGUGGUUCAUUGAUAAGUCAUAGAUGGAUCUUGAGUGCUGCACAUUGUGAAAAAUUAAAUUCAUUAUCAGCUCGGUGGGUUCGUCUUGGCGAUCUUGACAUAGAAUCAGAUACUGACGAUGCACAACCCGUAAACUAUGACAUAAUUCGGCGCGUAGUGCAUCCAGAUUUCAAACCACCUUCUAGAUAUAACGAUAUUGCAUUGUUCUACUUAGAUAAAGAUGUUGAUUUUUCAGAAUAUAUUCUACCACUAUGUCUUAAUGCAAAUCAUCAAUUAUACAUGACAAAUCUAAUUGCUACAGGCUGGGGAUUGACAUCCACUGGUGGCCCACCAAGCUCCCAUUUGCAAAAAGUUGAUUUGGAUUUAAUAUCAAUGGACAAAUGUAAGGCAAGUUAUGGUAUAACCAAAUUACUCAAUAUUGGAAUACAUAAUGAAAGCCAAUUAUGUGCUGGAUCAGAAACUGAAGAAAAAGAUACUUGUCAAGGUGACUCUGGAGGUCCAUUACAAAUUGUUCAUCCUAAAUAUAAGCAAAUGUACGUUCAAGUCGGAAUAACUUCUUUUGGAGAAUUUUGUGCAGAUAAAGAAAAAGCUGGAGUAUACACUAAAAUUUUGCAUUACUUACCAUGGAUAGAAAAAAUAGUUUGGCCUUCAUCCAAUGCAUUUCUUUGAGUUAAAAUAAGACUUUGUUUUAAAAAUCAGUAAUGAAAAUAAACUUUUCAUUAUACUUUUAUUA